GCGCAGCGGGGCCAUCUUCGGCAGGCCGGCUGGCUCGGCCCGUGCAGCCCGCGCCCGCGUCCGUCGCCCGGCCCGAUGGCGCCGCGGCCGCUGAGCCCCUUGGUGCUGGCGCUGGGUGGCGCGGCGGCCGUGCUCGGCUCGGUGCUCUUCAUCCUCUGGAAGACCUACUGUGGCCGCGGCCGGGAGCGGCGCUGCGGCGGGGGCGAGGCCUGGUGGGGCGCGGAGCCCGCGCGCCUUCCGGAGUGGGACGAGUGGGACCCCGAGGACGAGGAGGACGAGGAGCCGGCGCUGGAGGAGCUGGAGCAGCGCGAGGUGCUGGUGCUGGGACUGGAUGGCUCUGGGAAGAGCACGUUUCUGCGCGUGCUGGCCGGGAAGCCACCGCUGGAAGGCCACAUCCCCACCUGGGGCUUCAACUCCGUGCGGCUGCCCACCAAGGACUUCGAGGUGGACCUGCUGGAGAUCGGUGGCAGCCAGAAUCUGCGCUUCUACUGGAAGGAGUUUGUGAAUGAAGUAGACGUGCUGGUGUUCAUGGUGGACGCGGCUGACCGGCUGCGGCUGCCCUGGGCCCGACAGGAGCUGCACAAGCUGCUGGACAAGGACCCUGACCUGCCUGUCGUCGUGGUGGCCAACAAGCAGGACCUGAGCGAGGCCAUGAGUAUGGUGGAGCUGCAGCAGGAGCUGGGCCUGCAGGCUGUUGACAGCCAGCGGGAAGUUUUCCUCUUGGCAGCCAGCAUCGCCCCUGCAGGAGCUGGCUUUGAAAAUCCUGGCACCGUGCACAUCUGGAGACUGCUCCUGGAGCUUCUCUCCUAGGCUGGCGCCCACCUGCUCACCAGCCAGCCCUGGGGGCCCCAGUUCUGCUCCUCCUCUUCUUCAUCCCCAGCCUGGACCUGGGGCACAGGCCACGUGGCAGCACUUCCCUCUCCCCUCCUCGCCCUCUCAAGAGCAGGACCUGGACAAGGCCAGGAACCAUAUGGAAGCCUUCCUGGUGAGCUAGCCAUGAGGCUGAAGUGGGGAGGUGGGUGAGGCCGAGGAUGGGAGAGGACAAUGUCUCGCUCAUUCUGGGCUGGGAGUGGAUCCCACUUUCCCCAGGGAAGGCAGACCUGUACAGUGAGCUGCUCAGCAGGCUCAGUUCUCCCCGCCCUGAAGGUCGCAGUGGUUGAGGACCAGUGUAGGUGUCCAAAGUAGGCCCAGUCUAGACCGUUCCCUCCUGGUGACUUCUCACCCUUCUCCUGUGGGCAGGUUGUGAGCAGUGCGCCGUGAGCUCAGACCCCCAGUCCUGCAUUACCCUCCAACCCCAGCUGGCUUGUGGCCUUGUGCAGUCCCUGCCUCUCUGGCCUCAGGGCCCUCCUUUUUAAAGAGAGGUGAUUUCUAUGGCUUUUUCCUAAGUCAGAGAUGUAUUUCCCAGCCGUGAAGAUAAGAAGCUCAAGGACAAACCUAAAGAUCCUAGCAAGGAGCUUUCUGAAACCUCCCCUGCUUCCCCGAGGUUGACGCCUGGCCCGCCAGCCUCUUGACUACAGACUAAGUGGUAUUCAGCCCCCUAAUCAGAAAAACUGAAAGUUUCCCCCCACCCCACCCCCAAAAUCUGGAGACAGAAGCUGCUGCUCCUACACGAAGUGUGCCAGUGCCCAUGUUUACAUAAGUCUGGGGAAGGAAGGAGCCCGCCUGUGUCCCUGGGAAGAGGACUGUCAGCGGAGCAGGAUGUCGGCCUCCGAGCUGCAUUUAAUUAUUUAUUUAUUUAUAAAAGGAACAGACCAGCGUUUUAGGCUCUGUUUCUAGGUGCUGUUAUCAAAACCCCAGAUUAUCUUGGAAAAUUUGGAUCUUUGAGGAAAAUAACUGGAAUCACGAAUGACAGUGUGAUGAGCUACGUGUGUCGGGGAGACAGAGCUCUCACUCCCCCAACCCUCUGUGGCUGUAAUUGAUGUCAUAAUACUUCACGAUGAUCCACAUGAACUUGAACUCCCCCAUUUGGCCCAGUAUGUCAAAGCAACACAAACUCUGUGUAGGUAACAUCUCUGGGAGAGGCAAUUUCAUCACAGUUAUGCAGGUAAAAAGAAAUGAGAAUUAGCAGACCAACCAAGAGAGUAGCCUUGGGUACACCACUCAGCCUUUCCAGACCUGCUGAUGGCCCAGCUAAGGCAAAGCUGGACAAUUUCUGGUGUCCUCUCCAGUACACAUUCCAUGAUUCUCUUGUUUCCAGUGAUCAGCCGGUUUAAGGACUGUCUCUGUAUUGACACUUCUCUUUAGUGCAGGCAAAAGAAGGAGUCUUUUGUCUGUCAGGGGCCACUGAACACUUAACAGCCACAAAUGGGCUUUUUUUUAGAGGCGAUAUCCUAGUCAGUUUGCUUUUUAAUUGAGAAGAGAGAUUAUGUGCCUUUGUUUCAUCUGACAUUUACUCAGUGUGCUGCAGUUCCAUGCUGUGGCUGGUGCAAGAGGGGCAGGCCGGGAAGGUGGGCUGUAGGUGUCUCAGAAUAGAAUCACUUUCUUUGAAAUUCUGAUUAACUUUCUGCAUUAAGAAGUGAUUUGACUGAUUUUAUUUUAAACAUUUCGGGAAUGUCUUGGGUUUUAGAGUAGCCUUUCACAUUCUGCUGACACUUUUUUAUUUUGCCAUUGGAAGGUUGAGAGACUUGACUUCUCUGUUCUAUGAACUCCACCUCGUCCUUUAGUACUUGAAAGUUACCUUUGGAGCCAGCAUUGUUGAGGGGGGCACCCUUUUCUACUAAUUAUGAUCUGCCUUUGGUCUAUUGAAUAUCACUAUGUAGUACAAUUUUUUAAAGUCCCCACUGUGGGGAGGUGAACUUGAAUAGAGUUUAACUAUAUGUACUUGAGCAACUUUCAAAGACCACUCUCAGAACUGACAGGUCCCAGUGGCACACCAGAAGACACCACUGAGGAGGGCUGAAGGUCUGGGCUGCCACUCCCCUGGUACUUGUAGAGUGUUCUGUUGGCCAGUGGAUGUGCCUCACGCCUGGGGCUGACAGCAGCACUCCUCUGGUGGGGCUGCUGGCCUGUCCUGCUGGCAGGGUACCAAACAGUUAUUCAUCUGCUCGGGUUCCUACCAGGACCAGACUGGGCAAAGUGGGGGAAAGGCCUUUCUUAAGAACAGCUAACUGCCUGGCCUUGUGGUGCUCUUACCUAGUUGUUCCUGAAUGUGACUUUGGUUCAGGAGCCUAGAUAACUGCUUUUGGGAACCAGUCGUUACCUGGAGCUGUUAUCUCAAAGUGAGGUUCCUGACUAGUCUAGGUGACACUGCGCUCUCCCCACUGUCCUGACUCUUCCUUGAGCUUGGGAAUAGGGAGUGAAUGGCUGGGCAGCUCUCAUAUUCUAAGGAAUAUCACACAGUGCCCACUUCACAUGGGAAGAAGCUUUCCGCAUCUACUUGCCAGCUGAACCUGUGCCUGGAUCAGUUACCCUGGCACUGGGGGCUUCUGUUCUUAAGAGUUAUUUAAAUGAAACCAUGGCUUCUGACCUGCUGCUAUCCCUCUGAAGAGAGGCCAGCCUGGCCCAGAGCUUGGAUGCAUGGAUGGUCUGGGCAAGAGGGCUCUUGAGGCUGCUGGGAUCACCACCUUGGACUGGCUGCCUAUCCGAAGAAGCGUUCCCGGGCACCUCUUGGCGCCCAGAACUGCCCGUUGUAAGCUUGUGCCAACGCAGUGGUGUUCAGCUGUAAGGCCUGGGGAGGAAGUGAAGUCUGUCCAUCAUGGCCUCCCAAUCCUCUGCAGAGAAGUGCUGAUGAAAAAUCUCAACUCUAGCCUGUCUGAAUGAAGCCCCAGGUUCUCCAGAAAAAUGUUUCCACUUGCCUUUGGAAAACAUUUUGUUCUUAUGCUAGUUUAGUAGCAACUGCCAGCAUCUUGAACCGGCUGCUGAAACUCACCGGUGGUGUCCAUCCCUGUCCUCGUGCUGCUGCCCCAGACCUCAGACCUUGGUAGUCUGAGCAGUCUGCCUCUCACCUUUGCUGUCUGCUCACACGUCCUCCAAGUCCCUUCUUAUAACUAUGAAAAGGGGAACCUCCAACUUUUCCUGCUGCCUCUAGGAGAUAGGCCCCUGAAUGGACAAGGGGAAGAUUGCCAUCAAAGAUCUGAAGUAAAGGAGCCUUGCGGUCCCAGCCCAUGCCCUGUGAACCCAGACCCACAAACUGCAUAAAAUGGAGUGUUGGUGGCUGUUUUGAGGUAUACAAUAAAUGCCAAAAAUUUGGAUAUGGUUUCAUAUAAAU